AUGGGGUGUGUGUUUGGGAGAGAGGCAUCCGGGAGACCGGUAGGGAGGGAAGCGAGAAAGAAAGAGGAAGUUGGCAGGGUUGCAAGAAUAUCGGAGGAGGUUGUUACUAGAAAAGCGGAGAAGGAAGAAGAGGUUGUUAGAAAUGGAAGUAGCAACCGGAAGGUGGAGGAAGCGAAGGCGGAGGAAGAAUCAGCAGCUGCAGCUAAGGCAAGAGCGAAAAGGCGGUCUUCACGGCCGAAUCCACGCCUGAGCAACCCUCCGAAACACGUCCAUGGCGAACAAGUCGCCGCCGGUUGGCCAUCUUGGCUUUCAAACGUCGCUAGUGAAGCCAUCAGCGGCUGGACUCCCCGCCGUGCGGAUACUUUUGAGAAGCUGGAUAAGAUUGGUCAAGGGACGUACAGUAAUGUGUACAAAGCUAGGGAUACUUUAACUGGGAAAAUUGUUGCAUUAAAGAAGGUGCGGUUCGAUAAUUUGGAGCCGGAAAGUGUUAAGUUCAUGGCUAGGGAGAUUAUGAUUUUACGCCGUUUGGAUCAUCCAAAUGUUGUAAAAUUAGAAGGGUUGGCGACUUCAAGGAUGUCGUGUAGUUUGUAUCUUGUAUUUGAGUAUAUGGAGCAUGAUUUGGCUGGACUUGCUGCUAGUCCAGCAAUAAAGUUCACCGAGUCUCAGGUGAAGUGUUAUAUGCAUCAAUUACUAUCAGGGCUUGAACACUGUCACAACCGUCAUUUAUUGCAUCGUGAUAUUAAGGGUUCAAAUCUUCUUAUUGACGAUGGUGGUGUGCUUAAGAUAGCUGAUUUUGGUUUGGCUUCAUUUUUCGAUCCUAAUUACAAGCAGCCAAUGACUAGUAGGGUGGUUACACUUUGGUAUCGACCUCCAGAGCUCCUUCUUGGUGCCACUGAUUAUGGCGUAGGUGUGGAUCUCUGGAGUGCUGGUUGCAUUCUAGCUGAGUUAUUGGCUGGAAGGCCCAUCAUGCCUGGUCGCACAGAGGUGGAGCAAUUACACAAGAUAUUUAAACUAUGUGGCUCUCCGUCUGAAGAAUAUUGGAAGAAGUCAAAGUUGCCUCAUGCAACCAUAUUCAAGCCCCAACAAUCAUAUAAACGAUGUAUAGAAGAGACUUUUAAAGACUUUCCACCAUCCUCAUUGCCACUGAUUGAGACUCUUCUUGCAAUUGAUCCAGUUGAGCGUCUGACAGCUACAGCUGCAUUAAACAGUGAAUUCUUCAUGACCAAGCCUUAUGCUUGUGAUCCUUCCUCCCUUCCAAAAUAUCCUCCCAGCAAGGAGAUGGAUGCUAAACUACGAGAUGAAGAAGCUAGAAGAUUGCGAGCUGCUGGAAGAAAUGCAGAUGGGGUGAAGAAAGCUCGUCCACGUGAUCGAGCUGUGCGGGCAUUUCCUGCUCCAGAAGCAAAUGCUGAGCUUCAAGCCAACCUUGAUAGGCGGCGUUUAAUAACACAUGCAAAUGCCAAAAGCAAAAGUGAGAAAUUUCCACCUCCUCACCAAGAUGGAGCUCUUGGUUAUCCUCUGGGUUCUUCACAUCCCAUAGAUCCUGGUUUUGAUCCAUCUGAUGUUCCAUUUAGUACUACAAAUUUCUCAUAUUCCAAAGCACCAAUCCAGACAUGGUCUGGCCCAUUGGUGGAUCCUGCUGCUGUAGGUGCUCCGAGAAGAAGGAAGCACAUGUCAGGUGAUGGGCAUGCACAUUUGAAGUCAUCUAAGAAAGACAAGAAUUCUGCUCGAAUAUAAGAGAAGGCAUAAAAUAACUUCUGGAUUUUGUGAGACUAUUCAUGAGGCCGCAAACGUUGCUGAUAAUACACAGUUUUUCUUAGCUCUCAACCGGGAAAGCCAGAAAUUGCAUCAGAGGUAAAACAUCUUGUAUUCAUUUUUCCUAUCCCUUGUUCUAUUUUUUUGUAUGGUGAGAAGCUUCUCUAAUGUUGUAUAUCUGUCAUUAUUUCUUCCGUUGUGUUGGAAAACUCCAAUUAGGUUGGUAAAAAUAAUACUAAAAAAUCUGUUCUACAAUUCUUGA